AUGUUGUUGUUUUGUUUUGUUGUGUUGAUUCCAUUGGUUGUCUCACUGAGUAUUCCUGGAACAAUCGUGUCUUACACAAAUCCAAAAUUUACCAAUUUUGAAAACCUUAAAAACAGUUGGCAAUUCAAUAUAUCUUCACAAGAUUCAUUUGGGAAUUCAAACAUCAUAGUCACUUCACUUCUUGAACCAACCAAUGGGAAUUCAUCAAGAAUAGUUUCAUAUCAAAUUCCUGAAGAUGCUGCUAAAAUAGAAUGUGCUCCAUCAGUUAAUUUAUUAGGAAACAAUUUCACUGGUGUUUCUGAUAUAAAUUUAUUAUUAAGUCAAGGAUAUUAUGUUAUAAUUCCUGAUUAUGAAGGACCUAAACUGGCGUUUUUAGCAGGACAUCAAGCUGGUCACGCAAUUCUUGAUUCUAUAAGAGGUAUUGUUUUAAAUUCUGGGAAUAUUACCAAUAUUGAUAAAAAUGCCGAAGUUGCAUUAUGGGGGUUUUCGGGUGGUAGUUUUGCUUCAGGAUGGGCGGCUUCAUUACAACCUAUUUAUGCACCUGAAUUAAAAGAGAAUUUAGUUGGUGUUGCUGUUGGUGGAUUUGUAACUGAUAUUAAAGCAGUUGUUAAAAAUAUCGAUGGUGGUCCAUUUUCUGGAUUGAUUGCUGCUGGAAUUGGUGGAUUAAUGAAAGAAUAUCCUGAAUUUGAAAAAUAUUUAAAAGAUAAUUCUAAAUUUACUAGAUUUAAUGAAUUUAGUAUGUAUUGUUCAGUAGAAACAGUACUGAAAUUCCCAUUUACUCAAUUUUUUGCAGGUCCAUUUAAAAUUUUCCCAAAAGGUUGGGAUUUAGCAAAUAGUGAUCCUGCUUCAAGUGUUCUUGAGUCAAAUAGUUUAUUGAAACAACCACAGUAUAUGCCAGAUAUACCAGUAUUUAUAUAUCAUGGAAGUAUUGAUGAAGUGGUUCCUAUUCAAAAUUCCAAUGAUAUCUAUAAACAAUGGUGUCAAUCUAAUAUUAAGUCAUUAGAAUUUGCUGAAGAUUUAACAAAUGGUCAUUUAAUGGAAGGUUUAAUAGGUACUCCAGCAGCAAUCACAUGGAUUACUAAUAGAUUUAAAGGGUUAAGUCCAAUUAAAGGAUGUAAUCAUCAGAAAAGAUUAAAUAAUUUAUUCUAUCCUGGAAUUGAUCCUAUAAUUGUUCAAUCAAUUAAAUUUGAAAUAGAUAAUAGAUUUGGUGGAUUAGGUCAAGGUAUUAUAAUGGAUCAACCAUCUUUACAAGAUUUAAAAGCUUAUGCAAAUAAACAAGAUUCAUUUGUUUAA